UUGAUAAGGAAAAUUGCUGAUGAAACUGGUCGAAGGUAUUUGCGGAAGAAGCAGGCCGACACUGGUGUGAAACACUGGCCAUAUUUGUGUUGGUGUCGGAGUUUUGGCAGCUCCUGCAUACAGCUGGGAGGACACAGUCAUCAUUAGUAGUAUGAGAAAGGAUGGCGAGCUCCACCCGUGUUUUUCAGAUCUCUGGCAUCAAGAACCGGGACAAGAAGAGAGCUUUGGUCCAGGGAAUCCGGCAGCUAGGUGGAACACACAUAGGUGGCUCAGUGUAUAAGUGUGAAAGCACCCAUCUGAUCAUCCCCAAGGUUCUGUUGAGUGAGAAGUUUUUGGCCGCCUGUGCGUCAGGAAAGUGGGUUGUGUUUCCAGACUAUGUGUUGGAAAGUGUCAAGAAUGGCACCUGGUUGGCAGAGGGACCCUUUGAAAUCUCUAUUCCCACUGGCUCCACGUCUUCCUUCUAUCCCGUCAGACAGUGGAGGAGGAAGGUGACAAGUGGGAGGCUCAAAGGGGCCUUCCAGGGCUGGAGGGUCCUCCUAAUGGUCCAAGACCCCACCAACUUGGCCGUGUUCAAACGGCUGUUAAAAGCAGGCAGGGCUAAAGUAUACCACUGUCCUCUUCCUUCAUGUGCCUCUAUCACUCAUGUUAUGGCAAAACCAGUCACUGAUGACUCCAAAUCCCACAAUGCUCCUUGCUAUCCUGUAAGACACAUUGUCAAACAUCUCUUUGGGAGCAAUUAUUUGGAUGUCUACAACAUAAAAGAUGAUCUUCCAGUUGAGGAAAGGAAGGCGAGUUUUGUCGAUGCUGACUUCUCUAAACUGGAGACAGAGCUCAGGGAUUAUGUCAUCAAACAGGAGGGCCGGCCGAGACUGUGCUUCCUUGAAUUUCUUGGUUACCAUGACCCGUACCAUCCGCAGUCCCAGGCUACAGAAACAGACUUCAGCAAUGUUGGAAAUAUGAUAGAGUGCGGGCUCUUCAUUGAAGCCUUGGACUCAAUCAGGAGUGCUGUGUACCCAGGUCUGCUGCCACCAGCUGCUCAUCUGGUUUCCCUCAUAGACUACGCACAGCAGGGAAAUGCCACCCCUGUCUUCCUAAGACACAUUCAUCAGGUCAUGAAUAACCUGCUUGUUAACAACCCUCCCUGGCUGGCUCCCAGCACAGGAAAGAAAUAUUACAACCAGGUACUGCAGUGCCCUCGGUGUAAGACGGGCAUGUGGCCUUUUCUAGAGACGGCCAUCAGCUACUGUCUCUCCAGUGAGGUCACCUGUCACCCGCUCCCUGGGCCCGCCCUGCCAACACUGUUACAUUUCUACGGGGACCUCUUGGAUUUUUUCCUCAAGGUCUUCCAGGGAGAACUCCACUCUAUCACUGCCGGGGAGUUUGUGCUGCCUGAAGGAACUGGAGUCUCUCAGUCUUCAGCUUCAGGUUCUUUGCUGUAUGGAACCUUCUGGACUGUUUGGGAGCGCUCCACGCUGUUGUCCCGAGCUGUGAAACAACUUCUCCAACAGCUGAUACAAGCUGCAAAUCAGGAGCACAGUGCAAGGGAUAAGCAGCAGGAGCCUCAUGUGCUGCACACCCUGCUGAACCUCCUGUCCGUGUUGGUGGAGUUCUGGUGUCAGCAGAACUUCAAACUGAACCUGAGCCUGGUGGAAAAGGGUCUCAAAGACCUCGCAGAGCACUUUGCAGUUAUCAGCCAGGCUUUGUCUCCAGUGAUUCUGGCUAAUGUGGUUAUCAGGAUUCGCUCCACCAGGCUGAAACUGGUGAUGGCCGACGCCAUAUUCAAGAAUCUUUGCAGAAGUAAUGGAUUCACAGUUGGAGAUGAUCCUCUCUCUCUAAAGAAGAUGGUGAUGUCCUACCUGUCUGCUUUGGGGAGUUUGGCCCAGAGUCCUCCCGAUGCUCAAACCAGGACUCAAACCAGGACUGGACCCACCAGCCAAGAGACCAGCAUCAGCACUGAGAGCUCUUUGGUGAGAGAAACAAAUCCAGAGAAAGAGAACACCCCAAGAGGUUUGAACAGAGUCAAUGCAGCAGGAGAGACCCUCCUCCACAGAGCUUGCAAGAGGAACCAAGUGGAAACAGUGCUUCAGAUCCUGGCGCUUCCUGGCACAGACGUCAACGUUAAAGAUUACGCGGGCUGGACGCCUCUGCACGAAGCGUGUAACCAUGGCAGCACAGCCUGUGUGGAGGCUUUGCUACGUCACCGCCCUGCCCCUGUGCUCAAUAACCAGGUGGGUGGAGUCAGCCCACUGCAUGACGCCCUGCUAAACAAACACAUGGACAUCGCCAAAAUGCUACUGGAGCAUGCAGGGUCAGUUCUCCUGCAGCAGACGGACAGAGACGGCCGGACUGCUCUGGAUCUGGAUCUCACAACAAGUGAGAGGGAGGAGCUCCUCCACAGCACGCAGGUCGGAGACUCCUCCCUCCAAAUAGCAUCAAACGAGGUCUUGAACCUGCCCCUCUUGGAGGCCGGAUCCUGUCUGCUGGCCACCAUCAUGUUGUCCUACCAGCGAGAGAGAGGCCUACCGGGCCGAGUGCAGCCCAGUGACAAAGCCCACAGUCUGGGCUACAAGCUGGUCAGGGCCCUAGAGGAACACUCACUCCAAAGAGUGACUUCAGGGUGGAGCGACCAGCGGGCCGUGAGGCUGGUGGAGGACACAGAGACAAUGUUGGGGCUCUGCAGGGGGCGUUACCUGGGGCAGCUUUGGACAGCACUGAGAGAGUGCAAAGGUGACAACACGGUGCUUCUAAUGGCCUCAUUGGAGGAGCUUAAGUCACGGGCAGAAGCACUGCAAGCUGACCUGUGACAGACACAAUGGAAAACCAAAACAAAUAGCCCUGAAAUGUAUUCAUGUUGAAUUUUGGGUUGUUGUUUUUUUGUUUUUUUAAUACUAACGUUUCUGUAAAGUUACUACCUCAAUUUCUAGUUCUGGUUUUCUUCACCAAAUAGGAAUGAUGUGAGAUGGGUUUUUUUCACUUGUUAACUAUUUCUAGAAAAAUGAAUUAACAUAUCUGACUGUUGGAUUCCUUUGUUACGAUGUGAAGUCAUUCAGGCAGCAUUCAAAGUUACUGCCACAGUGAAAGAGAGUUAAACUAGUUCUCACAGACAGCCUCCUGGUCUGAGAUGAUCUAAUGUGGUCAGCGGCACGGACAGAUGUGAAGGAUGAGCCACUUCCUGAAGCUGAACAUGAAAUAGGAGAGGGGCUUAGGCCGGCAUGUUGGGGAAGGGCCGAGUGGGCGACAGAGAAGAGGAGGUGAGGAAAGGGGGAUUUGAACCUGAAAUGUGAACCAGUAAGAUGGAUGGCCUUAUGUUCCUUCAGUGUUUCCAAAGAAAAGAGGCUUUGUUUUUGCAAUAAUCCACACACUGUGAAGAUGAUAAAAAAUAUUUAAUCUCA